AUGGCUGAAAGAAAAGAAUCCAAAAUGAAAGACUCGAGAAAACACUUGCACCAUACGGACAUCUACUCCUGCUCCCUCUCGGCCAUACCUGUAAAAAGAGGGGUGAGUACACAAUACUCAGUGAGGGCAGGGAAGAAAACAGAAGUCAGAUACGGAACAGGUUCUCUGAAGGGGUUCAUGAGCAACGAUGCGGUAGAGAUAGGCGGGUUACGCAUCAAGCAGCAAGCGUUCAUCGAGGCAACUGAAGCUCCGGGUAGACGGAUUUACGAAAGGCCAUGGGAUGGCAUAUUUGGACUUUCAGGCCUAUCCAAAUCGACCAUCACAGGAGCUCGUCCCAUCUGGAGAACGAUGAUGGAUGAAGGAGUGGUUACAAAGAAAGUGUUCUCGAUAUGGCUUCGACGGUACAGUGAUUCUGCUGAAGAUGGUGGGGAGAUAGUCUUUGGAGGUAUAGACCAAGAGCACUUCACGGGAGCUCAUACCUACGUUCAUGCUGAAGGGCUGCUUAACAAAUUUAUGAUGUACUCCUUUUUUGUGGGCAAAAUUGACACGAAAGUUUGCUCCAAGGGAUGCAAAGUUGUUGUGGAUACGGGGAGUACAUACAUUCGUGGUCCACCGAAUUCGAUCGUCAAGAUUAAUAAGCAAAUCGGAGUAGCAGCAGACUGCUCUAAUUAUGACAAGCUGUCUGAAGUUAUAAGUUUCACAAUAGCUGCAAAGACUUUUACCCUCACACCACGCGAUUACAUUGAGAGAAAGAAUGGGAAAUGCAAGAGUGUAUUCUCGGAUGCCGUAACUGAUUUCUGGCAACUUGGUACGCCAUUCAUUCGAGCAUUUCAUACUGUUUGGGACUACCAGACUCCCGGAACUGUUAAAGUUGGAUUCGCCAAAUCCAAAUAA